AUGGCUCUCAUCAGUGAUCUCGUCCUCGACGACGCCAAGUUCGACGAGUCCAGAAUCAGCGAAGCAACCGCUGCACUGAACGAUAGGCUCAUCGAAACGCAGCUAAGCAUUCCGAAGUGGCACGAGGUUGGGGCAGAGAAGUUCCGUCAGAUGCGCUGGAAUGGGGAGACCACUUUGCCCAGACCUAUCGUCAUCGAUUCCGGCGUCGACUUCACGAUCCCCUCCCGCGAUGCCGGCCGCAACAUUCCGUGCCGCAUGUUCAAGCCCGCAAGCGGCAGCGUGAGAGGCGUUCUCAUGCACAUCCACGGUGGUGGUUUUGUGCUGUGCUCCGAGAAAUAUGCAGACACGUAUAUCAAGUCGCUUGCCGACGGUUGCCAGCUUGCUGUCGUUAGCAUCGGUUACCGGCUGGCGCCUGAACAUCCCCACCCUGCCGGGCCCAAUGAUUGUAUUGAUGCUGCCGAAUGGCUUAUCAAAAAGGCGAGGCCCAACUACGGUGCUCCGUUGAUGUUUAUCAGUGGAGACUCGGCUGGUGCCAACCUUAGCGUCGUGACAGCACUUCAUCUUCUCAAGAUGCAAGCUAAUUUCUCUCUGCGUGGUCUAAUUCUGCAUUAUGGCGUCUAUGACCUGUCCCAUAAUCUGCCGCAAGCAAAGAACUUCAAGACACACGGCACAUUGGUCCUGGAUCAGAGCGACAUGGCGCACUUUGCGGAUGCAUACUUGCCCGACAAAACGCAGGAGCAGCGUCGUGACCCUGCCGUUUCGCCAUUCUACGAGGAUCUGUAUCAGUUCGGAAGGGCUGCACUACCGCCCGCGCUGUUCACGUGCGGGACCCAAGACCCUCUUCUGGACGACACCCUGAUGAUGGCCAUCAAGUGGAGAUGCACCGGGAGCGAGGGAAUCACCAAGAUCUUCACCGGGGCGCCCCACGCCUUUGCCUUAUUCCCGCCGUCCGUGUGCGAGCACGCUGGUCCAGCGAUGGAAAUGACGCAACAGUUCAUUUUGGAGAAAAUGGCCUAA